AUGCCCGCCAGAGCCUCGACGAGGGCGACGCGCAACUCAAGCGCUGCCGUCUCGCACAAGUCGUCGGCCGCCACCCUCAAGUCCCGCGCCUCCACCACCUCGCGCGUCUCCUCGGCCGCCGUCGACAUCCCCGACGAGACGCCCGAGAGCACCUUGCGCACCCGCAUCUGCGCCAUCUUCAAGGAUGCCCAGAAGACCACCGCCUCCCACCGCAAGCUCGUCGUCAACCUGCGCAAGCUGCACGAGGCAUGCUGCUACGAGCCCGCCGCCCGCCACAAGGCCCCCAGCGCCAGCGAUGCCGACGCCGACUUUGACGAGGCCGACUUCAACCCAGAGUUCACCCGCUGCGUCCUGCGUGCCAUGCCCGUCAAGAAGAGCGAGGCCGUCGGCGAGAAGACUGUCCGCUUCGUCGGCCUGUUCCUGCGCCACGCCAGCGACAAGGACAACGAGCUGCUGGGCGAGGAGGACGCCGACGCUAGCACCAUGCCCGAGACCCCCAGCACCCGUCUCAUCACCCACCUUAUGGAGGCCGUCCUGCCCCUCCUGGCCGCCAAGGACAAGUACGUGAGGUACCGUGCCACCCAGCUCAUCUCCCACAUCAUCAACUCCCUCGACGCCAUCGACGACGACCUGUUCCAGAAGCUGCGCCAGGGCCUGCUCAGGCGCAUCCGCGACAAGGAGGCCAUGGUCCGCGCCCAGGCCGUCCUCGGGCUCGGCCGCCUGGCCGGCAACCAGGUCGAGGCCAUGGCCAACUCGGACGACAGCGACGAUGAGGCCGAGACCGGCCUGCUCGAGAAGCUCCUCGAGGUCCUGCAGAACGACCCCAGCGCCGACGUCCGCCGCUCCCUGCUGGUCAACCUGCCCAUCCUCCCCACCACCCUCCCCUACCUCCUCGAGCGGGCCCGCGACCAGGACGCCCAGACCCGCCGCGCCGUCUACGCCAGGCUCCUCCCGGCCCUGGGCGACUUCCGCCACCUGUCCCUCUCCAUGCGCGAGAAGCUGCUCCGCUGGGGCCUGAGGGACCGAGACGACAACGUGCGCAAGGCCGCCGGCCGCCUCUUCCGGGAGCGCUGGAUCGAGGACUGUGCCGGCGUCAACCCCGCUCCCGAGGACGGGAAGCCCGCCGAGCCCGCCGAGCCCAGCUUCGACGGGCUCCUCGAGCUCCUCGAGCGCAUCGACGUCGUCAACUCGGGCGUCGAGAACGGCGUCGCCCUCGAGGCCAUGAAAGGUUUCUGGGAGGGCCGCCCCGACUACCGGGAGGCCGUCGCUUUCGACGACCAGUUCUGGGAGACCCUCAGCGCCGAGUCCGUCUUCAUGGCCAGGAGCUUCAACGACUUUUGCCGCGCCGAGGGGAACCGGAAGUACGAGUCCCUCGUCGAGGAAAAGCUCCCCGAGGUCACCAAGCUGGCCUUCUUCCUCGACCGGUACCUCAACGUGCUUGUCGAGGCGCUUCGCAGGGUGAACAGCCAAGAGGUCGCCGAGGACGAGGACGAGGAGGACACGGUGGAGCAGGAGUUCAUCGUCGAGCAGCUCCUGCACAUUAUCCUGACGCUAGACUACUCCGACGAGGUCGGCCGCAGGAAGAUGUUUUCUCUUCUUAGGCAGACCUUGUCCAUCCCGGAACUUCCCGACGAGGUCACCAAGCUUACCGUCGACGUGCUCCGCGAUAUCUGCGCCCCGGACGCCGCCGGGGAGAAGGAGUUCUGCAGCGUCGUGCUCGAGGCCGUGGCCGACGUGCACGACACCAUAGUGGACGAACCCGCCCCGGACAACGACGACGACAGUUUCCACUCCGCCCGUUCAGACGUCAGCAGUGACGGUACCCCGACCAAGAGCGACAAGCGCGCAAAGGGCCCAGAGCUCAGCGAGGAAGAGGCGAGAGCAAAAGCCAUCAAGGAGAUCAUGAUCAAUAUGAAGUGUCUACACAUUGUGCAAUGUAUGCUGUCAAACGUCGAGGGGACCUUGCAGGAGAACGACCAUCUCGUCGCCAUGCUGAACAAUCUGGUCGUGCCCGCCGUCCGCAGCCACGAGGCCCCGGUCCGGGAACGCGGCCUCGUCUGUCUGGGACUGUGCGCACUCCUUGAUAGGCCACUGGCAGAGGAGAACCUGACGCUGUUUAUGCACUUCUUCACCAAGGGCCACGCAGCGUUGCAGAUUACCGCCCUGCAGAUCCUGACGGACAUCCUCAACGUCCAUGGCUCGCAGCUGCUCACUGCCAACCCUACACUCCUCAAGGUCUACGUCAAAGCGUUGCGCUCCGGCUCCAAGAAUCCGGAGGUGCAAGGCGCGGCGACAGUCGCUGUCUCGAAGCUUCUACUGGGAAGAGUAGUCACGGAUCAUGACACCUCGGCCGAGCUCCUCAAGACUUUGGUCGUGGCCUAUUUCGACCCUGCCACGGCUGGAAACCAGAGCGUGCGCCAAGCACUCAACUACUUCCUCCCCGUCUUCUGUUACUCGAGAGCGGAGAACCAGGACCUGAUGCGCUGUGUUGCCCUCGACGCCCUACACGCGCUCUACAACGUAAGGGAGGGACUGGAAGACGACGAUGCCGACGUCGAUGAGGAAAUGGCAAGUCUCAACAGCAUCGGUGCUUGUCUGGUUGAUUGGACGGAUCCCCGGAAAUGCUACCAACCCGGUGUGCCCAUGGACGCCGAGAAGAAGAAUGUCAAUGGAGAUGUGCACCUCGAGCUCGCGGCAGAUAUCUUGGACAAGUUGAAUGGGAACACGGGUAAGGAGGAGAAGAAGGUCAUCGCACUCCUACUUGGAAAGCUCUACGUGUCCCCGGCUUCGUCGGAAGACAAGAUACGGGGUCUAUAUGAGGGCGUUUCCCUGGCUGUGGAAGAGAAUCUGCUCUCGGAUGCCACAAGCCGGAACGCCCUCUACAAGAUCCACGUGAGCCUUGGCAAGAUCGUGAACCAACUGACGGAGCAGGAGAAGGGGACUAGGCGAAGCAUUAGCCGCAGCGUCAGCGUGUCCGUCGCCGGUGAUGACCGGACCGUCACAGAAGAUAGCAUCCUGACCCAGGAGCCCAUUAAAGAAGAAGAGGACUCGGGCGACGACGGUCCCAGUAAUGACACUAUACGGCAGACAGAGGGGGAGUCUAUUGUAGAGGAGCUGCUGACGGACGGGGAGUGA